UUUUAUUAUCUACUCUCAUCAAACCCAAAAUCCCCUAAAAAACAAACCCUCUUUUUCCUCCUCUCUUAUUUCAUCUAAUCAUCAAGUAUUAAGAGCAACAAAGAGAAGAGAUAAGAAGUAGUAGUAGAUUGUAGGCAUGGAUUUAACUAUCAACGCAACAACUACUGCUGCUGCUACUACAACUAUAUCAUCAGCUGUGAAAACACCUGAAUUAGCUGAAACUGAAACUCCGAGUCGGAUCCAACAACCAAAGCCCUUCACUUUCAGUAAUGGUGGUGUUCUUAAACGGAAAAAUCAUCAUCCCGUGCCGGUGGUUGUUUAUAGAGAAUGCCUCAAAAAUCAUGCUGCUAAUUUAGGGACUCAUGCGGUUGAUGGAUGUGGAGAGUUUUUGCCUAUUCAAGCUGCUAAUCCAGCUGACCCAACUUCACUAAAAUGUGCUGCUUGUGGUUGUCACCGCAAUUUUCACCGCCGUGACCCGGAAGAACCGCCACCCAUCGCCACCGCGGCUAUUGAGUACCAACCUCACCACCGCCACCAUCCUCCACCUCCUCGUGGGGACCACAGUAGCCCGAAUUCUCCAUCUCCACCGCCGAUUUCUUCGGCUUAUUACCCAGCUUCUGCACCACACAUGCUUUUGGCUCUCAGCGCUGGGUUUUCUGGGGAGAAAAAUCCGAAUCCGCCUACAUCGACUACUCCAGUACCGGUAGCUAAUUCUAACGGGAGGAAGCGUUUCAGAACGAAAUUCACUCCAGAUCAGAAGAUAAAAAUGCUGGAAUUCGCAGAAAGAGUUGAAUGGAAAAUGCAGAAGCGAGAUGAAGAUUUGGUGAACAAUUUUUGCAACGAAAUUGGAGUUGAAAAAGGGGUUUUAAAGGUAUGGAUGCACAAUAACAAGAACAUCUCUGGCUCUAGCUCUGGCAAGAAAUUAGAUCAACCACCCACCGGCGACGGCGACGACAACCACCACCAGAAUGGUAACACUGACAAUAUUGUUAAUGGGUUUUGUAUUGUUAGUAGAAAUAAUACUCAUCAUGACAACACUGACUCGGAAUUUCACAUUCACCAUAAAAGCAGCAUGAACGACGACAACAACAAGAAAGAACAUUCAAGUUGUGAUGCUAAUAAUGGCGUUGUCGCUAAUGGGUCUUCUUCUUCAUCUUGAUUUUAGAUUAGCUUGAAUAAUGUUUUAAUUACUACUUAGUAAUUAGUGCAAUGAAGAGGAAAACUUUGAGGCUACUACUAUAUAUUAAUUAGUGACGUUUAUUUCUUUGUUCGUAAAAAUUAGUGCUUAAUUAGCUUGAUGAUCAUGAGAUUAUAACAAUGAAAAUUAAGAUUGUUCCAACCAACAA